UGCCCUGUUCUCUGCGCAACUUGACGGUGUGAGCGUGCCUGCUGACUGCGGACUAACGGCUGACCUGUCGGCGGAUCCAAAGCGAGACGUUGUGGACAGUGACGCCAUCUCAACACGGUCAAUAUCACUGUUACCAACCGUCAGCUCGGUUUAGCCUCUUCGGGGCGACUUAUUAACCAGGAAAGCUGGAAGCACCCGGAGAACCGCGGAUAUCUACGCGGCAUGGAUGCUUCGUGACCCGCGGCAGGUGUGAAGAGAUGCCGGGGGAGCAGCCGGUGGGAACCGGACGGGUGGUGCUCGUCAAGAAGAUCAUCAUGAAGGAUGAAGCUGGGCUCCAGCAGGGCAUCGGCAGGCCCAGUGUGUAUCACGCUGUGGUGGUUAUCUUCCUGGAGUUCUUCGCUUGGGGAUUACUUACCACACCCAUGCUCACUGUCUUACACGAAACCUUUCCCCAGCACACGUUCCUGAUGAACGGCCUCAUUCAGGGCGUGAAGGGUCUGCUGUCGUUCAUGUCUGCUCCUCUGAUCGGCGCCCUGUCGGAUGUGUGGGGCCGGCGGACCUUCCUCUUGGUCACCGUCUUCUUUACCUGUGCUCCGAUCCCGCUGAUGAGGCUCAGCCCCUGGUGGUACUUCGCCAUGAUCUCCAUGUCCGGUGCUUUCUCCGUCACCUUCUCCGUGAUCUUCGCCUACGUGGCCGAUGUGACGGACGAAAGAGAGCGGAGCACAGCCUACGGCCUGGUGUCAGCUACUUUUGCGGCCAGCCUGGUGACCAGUCCGGCCAUCGGGGCCUACCUGUCGGCCUGGUACGGAGACAACCUGGUGGUGCUGGUGGCCACGCUGGUGGCCCUCGCCGACAUCUGCUUCAUCCUGCUGGCCGUGCCCGAGUCUCUGCCGGACAAGAUGAGGCUCAACACCUGGGGGGCGCCCAUAUCCUGGGAGCAGGCUGAUCCCUUCACCUCUCUGAGGAAGGUGGGUCAGGACCCGGCGGUCUUACUGAUCUGCAUAACUGUGUUCCUGUCCUACCUACCAGAGGCCGGACAGUACUCCAGCUUCUUCCUCUACCUGAGACAGAUCAUAAAUUUCUCCUCCACAACCAUCGCUGUGUUUAUUGGAGUGGUGGGCAUUCUGUCCAUCGUUGCACAGACUCUCCUCCUCACACUGCUGAUGAGGACUCUGGGUAAUAAAAACACCGUUCUGUUGGGUUUGGGCUUCCAGAUCCUUCAGCUCGCCUGGUACGGCUUAGGAUCAGAGCCAUGGAUGAUGUGGGCCGCUGGUGCUGUAGCAGCAAUGUCCUCUAUAACCUUCCCAGCUGUCUCUGCUCUUGUGUCACAGUCUGCUGAUUCCGAUAAACAAGGUGUGGUCCAGGGGAUGAUCACAGGGAUCCGAGGUCUGUGUAACGGGCUUGGUCCAGCUUUGUAUGGGUUCAUCUUCUUCCUCUUCAAUGUGGAGCUCAACACCUUGGACCCCAUCCAGGGAGAAUUCAACGUGGACCCCCUUCCUGUACAGAGUCCCGCUGAGCGAGGCCUCAUUCCCGGCCCGCCAUUCCUGUUGGGGGCGUGCAGCGUAGUCGUGGCCUUCGUAGUCGCACUCUUCAUCCCCGAGAAACCCCCACCCUCCUCCUCAGCCUCCCAACUGUCCCUCGGCGACAAGCCCCAGCUGGACAGCAAGGAGUCCAUGUCCUCGCUGGCCGGCGUCCACAUCAACACGCCCCUCCCGGGCAGCGACGAGGAGGCUCCGCCCGCCGCCACCGACGGGGACUUUGAGCCGCUGCUACACGACAGCAUCGUUUGACGGAGGGCGGGGCCUCCAUUGCAGCUCGACUGAUUGACACAUUUUCUUUGCUGCAGGGCAGAACUUAGUGUACUUUAUUUUUUGUCAGAAGAGGGCGAUUGGCAGCAAGAAAGCUCCAAAGGCUGUUGUUUUCAGAGUCAGGGGGCGGUGCUACUUCAACUACCAGGAGGAGAGGAGGUAACAUCUUGUGAGCAACCAAUGAGGCUGUUUCUUUCACCAGAGAACCGGAGCUAAGAUGUGCGAAUAAGAUGUUGCCCUCCAACUUGACGGAAAAGACCGAGACGAGGAUUCGACUGCCAGAGAGACGCCAGGGGACGCCAGGGGACGCCAGGGACCCCGCAGUUUAAAGGGCCACCAUCUUUGAUCAACAGAGUGAGGCACCAGCCAGGUGGCCAGGUUAGGGACAUGCCCACAUGAGAUGGGGGGGAAAAGAAGUAUUUUAGCGGAAGGGAAAUUGUUCAUCUUUAAGCUUGAAGUUGUUGAUUUUUUUUUUUUUAUGAUAAACAAAAAGUGUAUUAUUAUUUUUUAUCUCCUGUAUUAUUUUAAUGCUAUGGUUCAUUUCUUAUUGGUUAUGUAAAAAAUGAAACGUCUGCUACGUUUUUACAGCAGCCAAAAACAACGUUUAUUCAUACUCUUUAUUUGAAUUUCAUUUGAUGUUUGUUUGUGGCGGGGUCGAGGGAUCUCCUUUAUACGUGUACAGUAUCUUCUCAGCGUGGUGUGAAUGUGCCGAGCUGAGCUCACAUCCACGUUCCCUCUGAGUCCCUCAAAGAAACUUUCACUCGUACUUCCAGAGGUCCGCGCCCCCUCUUUUUGUCGCUCUACCUCAGAUCAACUUGUUUUAUUAAUUUUUUUAAAUCUCACUCAAUCUUCAUUUACUCAUCUAGUAUCACAAUUUUUCUUAAUAUGAGAGUCACUUUAUCAAUGCUGCUGGAAGAACCUGUCAGCUGCAACGUGAGCUCCAGCUGUGUGAACUUCAGCAGUGUCCAAAACCACAGACGGGCUACGGCUACAGUGUCCCGAGUUUUCAUUUCUAAUUUCUGAUUUGAAAGUAAAAUCUGAAAUUUGGAAGUCAGACAACAGAAAGACACCUUUUUAGAUUUAGUCGAACGAUAGCUGCUUUUAAAAAACAUUUUUUGCUGUAUUGGUGCUAAUUGGACAACACGUGUCACGUGGUACACAUUUUGAUGACAUAAUAUAAUAUAAUGACAAUUGCUUGCGGAUUCUUUUUUGGUGACAUUGAAAAGGAUAUAUUUUAGAGUUUUGGUCUAAACAAGGAAAGUAAUAUCGGGCUGUUGGAAAUACAUCAACAUUUUUCACACUUUUCUCAUUUGUUACAGCCCUGAUAAAGAACUUAAUGACUUUACAGACUUUAAGGUUCUACCUAACAAACGGAGUUCAAGCCUUUGGGCAACCCUAACCAAGUCCUUGGUGGAUUUGGAGGCACUAAGACACAAGGUUGUUCUACUACUUUGUUUAAGCGUUAAGUGAUCUUUGAGGAUUGUGAAACCAUAACCUUGUGGUUAAUUUGCACGCCACUCAUCUUCUCAUGUCGUCCUGCUCUCAUCUAGUGCUUCUCCAGAAUGUAGGUUUAGAGAAAACGCUGAGCUGGCAGCAAGACGCCAUGAAUCUGUUCCAAAAUGACGGCUGACACCACAUGCUCCGGUGCUGAGGGGGAAGUGGGCUCACUUGUUGCACACGUGAGGCUCAUCCCCCGACAGCAGUGAUCCUCCAGCGGGUGAACUUGCACUUGAAGCAUCAGACGAAGAUGUCUGUGAGCGCUUUAGAGAGGAUUCAGGGAGAAAUGCCCAAGAGUUCAGCAGAAUAGAACCGACACAAACACAGUUAUUUACUUUAUUAGCUUGAAAUGUAAAUGCACAUGUGAAUGAUAUAUGGUUUAUAUAUAAGUGGAUCGGCGUGUUUGUUGUGGUUGAUACGAGGGUUGUCCUUCAGUUGUCAGUCUUGAGGCAGAAGGAGUUGGGUUGUCAAUUCUCCAGGAGAAAAAUAUAAGUAACAUCUUUUUUUCAUACCGGAGUAUGUUUAUAUGCACACUGAUAUACAAGUCCUCAUUUUAGUUUGAUAUGUCUUUAAAGCACGAUGAGAAAGAAACAAAGAGAAACUGGUUAUUGUUCAAGAAAUAUAUAUAUAUAUAUAUUUUUUAAUUAAAAUAUUAGAUAUAUGCUUAUCAGUUUUUCUCCAAUCUAAACUCCUUGCCACUUACAUUAAUGUAAUUUUUCUGUAAUGACCACUAAGACAGUCAACCCUGAUGCUUUCUUUGUAAACCAGGAUGAGCUUCAAAGCAGAUCACAUAUGACGAUUGUACGAGCAAAUAGUCCAAAACACAGAUGUACCAGAAGUGUGCAUGUGGACACCUGUAGGUGUUUAACUGACGAGUUUGUUCAGCCUCAGUGAGAGUGUAAACAGUGUAAAUAUUGUACAUGGAUUAAAUGUUUGUUGGAAAUUAAAAGAGAACAACACUUGA